AUGUCUCAUCCGCAGGCAUCGAUUGGCCGAGUUGCUUUGAAUGGCUCCGAAGAACCAGAUCAACUCGAACCUGAAAAACCACCAAAAUUCCCAGAGGGGGGCACUCGGGCUUGGAUGGUGGUGUUAGGGGCAUUCUGUGUCUCUUUUACUACUUUUGGAUACAUGAACGCUUUUGGAGUCUACCAAGAUUACUACACCAACCACUUUCUCUCCGCUGAAACUUCAUCCAAUAUUUCGUGGAUCGGGUCUGUUCAAGUCUGCUUUCUCUUCUCGGGGAGUAUAAUCGGUGGGCCAUUGUUUGACCGAUACGGGGCUUCGGUCAUUCAUGCGCCCGCACUUGCUAUGGUUCUGUCAGUAAUGAUGACAUCCUUGUGUAAGAAGUACUAUCAAUUUAUGCUAGCCCAAGGAGUCUUGGGUGGGAUUACUUCUGGCAUGUUGUUUGCUCCUGUCAUGACAUGUGUGAGCCACUAUUUUCAUCAGAGACGUGCUGCAGCUCUCGGGGUGACAGUUUCUGGGUCUUCCAUUGGAGGAGUCAUCUUUCCCAUUGCCUUGAGCAAGAUGCUGAGAAAUGAAUCCCUGGGAUUUGGAUGGUCCGUCCGAAUAGUGGGCUUCAUUAUCUUUUUCAUGGUAUUGAUAGCCAUGAUCACUGUGAGAGAGCGACUUCCUCCUCGUCGCGGCAAAGUCAUUUUGCCGGCAGCCUUUACUCGCGUUUCUUACACUCUCACAACACUUGGAAUCUUCUUCAUGAUGUGGGGACUUUUCACCCCCUUCUUUUAUCUUCCGCAAUACGCGCAGUCUCAUGGCAUGGAGUCGCAGCUGUCGUCUUACCUUUUGUCCAUACUCAAUGCUGCCUCGGUCUUUGGCAGGAUUUUACCCGGUAUGGUCGCAGAUAAGAUUGGUCGGUUCAACAUCUUGAUCAUCAACAGUGUCUGCACAGGGAUUUUACUUCUGUGCUGGAUCGCGAUAACCUCCAAUGCCUCAAUUAUCGUUUUUGCGGUGCUCUAUGGUUUCUUUUCGGGUGGGAUUGUGUCGCUGAUGUCUCCCUGCAUUGCCCAAAUAACCCCAAGCCCGGACCAGAUUGGCACCCAUCUCGGUAUGUCAAUGGCCAUUAUUGGUCUUGCUGGCCUUACCGGAACCCCAAUAUGCGGCGCUUUGAUGGAGAAAUAUGGUACCUACACACAAGCUGCAGUUUUCAGCGGUGUAGUGAUGUUGUUUGGAGCCGUUCUUGUCUCCAUGGCGAGGUUGCGUCUACAAGCAAAGCUCCUGGAAAUUGUUUGA